AGAUGGGGGGCAGCCUGGGCUGCCACCGCUCUAUCCCCCGCGACCCGGCCGACCUGUGCCACAGCCGCAAGUUCAGCGCGGCGUGCAACUUCAGCAACAUCCUCGUCAACCAGGAGAGGCUCAACAUCAACACGGCCACGGAGGAGGAGCUGAUGACCCUCCCCGGGGUCACCCGGGUGGUGGCCCAGAACAUCGUGGAGUACCGCGAGUAUAUCGGCGGCUUCAAGAAAGUGGAGGACCUGGCGCUGGUGAGUGGGGUGGGGGCGGCCAAGCUGGAGCAGGUGAAGUUCGAGAUCUGCGUGAGCAGCAAGGGCAGCUCGGCACAGCACUCGCCCAGCUCACUGCGCAAGGACCUGGCCUCUGAGCACCACCUCUCCGCCACCAAGAUCAACAUCAAUACUGCCACCCCGGCACAGCUCAUGAGCAUCCGUGGCAUCACUGAGAAGAUCGCCAACAGCAUCGUGGACUACCGUAAAGAGCACGGGCCCUUCAAAAGUAUCGAGGACCUGGUGAGGAUGGACUGCAUCAAUUCCUCCUUUCUGGACAAAAUCAGGCAUCAGAUUUUUGCAGAGCGUUCCAGGCCCCCUUCGACAAACACCAAUGGUGGCCUCAACUUCAUGGCCAAGCCUCAUCCCAGCCCCACUUCUCUAAGCCUCCAGAGCGAGGACUUGGACUUUCCCCCCGGGGGUCCAACCCAGAUCAUAUCCACUCGCCCCUCUGUGGAGAUGUUUGGGGGGGUGAGAGAUGGCAGACCUGUUCUGAGGGUGGCUACUUGGAAUCUGCAAAGCUGCUCCAUUGAGAAAGCCAACAACCCAGGUGUGCGGGAGGUCGUGUGCAUGACACUGCUGGAGAACAGUAUCAGCUUUUGGCUGGCAGGGCAUCAGAGUGAACCGAUGGGGAACAUCUUCAUGAGUAUCCACGUGAUCCUGUUUCAUACCGUGCAUAUAAGCCAUGCCCUGUGGAAAAGGCUGUGUUCCCUGGAGACAGGACAGCUAAAGCGGGUAGUGGGUAGGGUACCUCACAGACAGAUCCCUCACUGUAUCAAGCUUUUGGCUGUGCAGGAGCUGGUUGACAGAGAAGCACUGGAAAAGUUUUGUAUGGAGCUGAACCAGCCAACGCUGCCAAACAUCCGCAAGUGGAAGGGCCCUAGAGGAUGUUGGAAGGGUGUUGUUUCCGAAAAACCCUCAGGCCAGCUACACAAGGGAGUUGAAUAUUCUGGCUUCCUCUGGGAUACGACAGCUGGCAUUGAGCUGAAAGAUGCCUCAUCUCAGGAGAGCGCACAGACUAAUGGCAACGGGAGGCACUCAUAUCCUCACCCGUAUCUUGCACAUUUCAAGGUUGGAAUGAAUGAUCUAACGGUGGUUAACCUUCACCUGGCCUUGCCAUCCUCAGCGGGAGAGAAUACUGGGAAGAACCACGACAGCCACAAACUGGCAGCCUGUGCGCAGAGUUUGCAGGAGACUCUGAAAGGAGAAAAAGAUGUAAUCAUCCUCGGAGAUUUUAACCAGGCCCCAGACAGCAGUGACCAUGACAUCCUGAGGAAGGAGAAGUUCCAUCACCUGGUCCCUUCCAGCACCUUCACUAACAUCAGCACAAAGAACCCACAAGGGUCCAAGUCGCUGGACAACAUCUGGAUCAGUCGGAGCUUGAAAAAGGUUUUCACAGGUCAUUGGGCUGUUGUGAGAGAAGGGCUUACAAACCCAUGGAUCCCCGAUAACUGGUCCUGGGGCGGGGUGGCUUCAGACCACUGCCCAGUGCUCGCUGAAUUUUACCUGGAAAAGGACUGGAACAGGAAGGAGGUGACACGGAACGGGAAUGGGGUGACGGUUGAACGGAACGACUCCCACACUAAGCACGAACGAUGACGUGAACUUGAGGGUGCUUCUUCUGCUACCCAGGGAGCAGUCAAAAGCUCUGGUCACUCACGGCUCUGGCAGAGCAGGACUGGCUUUCCCUCUCCCUCCUUCCUGCGUUCCUCCCUGCGCUUAGAAAGCAUCAGCACUUGUUUUUGGUGGGCCUGGCUCUGUGCCCCUCCUGGACAAUUGUGGACAGUGUCUCAUGGCAGCAAUCUGCAACUUUUUCUGGGGACACAGUGGACAUUUCCACACCUGGAGAUUUGGAUGAGAAUUGUACAGAAAAUAAAGUGUACUUUUAAUACUGUAGAGGAUCUUUGCUAAAAUACAGCUGAGCAGGGCUUGGCUGUGAGGGUGA